CUUCCCUAAUAUUUCAUUAUGAACGUAGUGGAAAGCAGCUCAUUCCUGGCUAAUCUGAUGAAUAACAGCACGGUGUGUGAACUGAAGUAUGAGUUGUCAUGUGAACUCUACAGAAUGUCCACGUUUUCUACUUUCCCUCUCAAUGUGCCAGUGUCUGAAAGGAGUCUUGCUCGAGCUGGGUUUUAUUACACUGGUGUGAAAGAUAAAGUUAAAUGCUUCAGUUGUGGCUUGAUGUUGGAUAACUGGAAACAAGGUGACAGUGCUCUGGAAAAACAUAAACAGCUCUAUCCUAGUUGCAGCUUUGUUCAGAACUUGCUUUCAGUUAGUAAUCUUGGAUCAUCCUCUCAUUCAGCCUUCUCACCUCCAGCCACAAUAAACAGUUUUUCACCAUCUUUGCAUUCCAUAACUGUUGCUCCAAGCUUAGAACAAAUUGGCUUUUUCAGCACUACUUUCUCCAGUUUUCCUCAAGAACCAGUAACUUCUAGGGCUGUUGAGGACCCAUCACACCUGCGAUCUAACUUUUAUAAUCCUGCAAUGAGCACAGAAGAUGCUAGGCUAUGUACUUUUCAGACAUGGCCCCUGACAUUUCUAUCCCCAACAGAUCUGGCCAAAGCUGGAUUUUACUAUACUGGGCCAGGAGACAAAGUUGCUUGCUUUACCUGUGGGGGUCAACUAAGUAACUGGGAACCGAAGGAUAAUGCCAUGUCAGAACAUCGGAGAUACUUUCCUAACUGCCCUUUUGUGGAAAAUAAAACUAGAGGCCAUCCAAUAUUCAGCAUUUCUAACCAGAGCAUGCAAACCCACGUGGCUCGUGUUAAAACAUUCAUAAACUGGCCAACAAGAAUUCCAGUUCGACCUGAACAACUUGCAAAUGCUGGGUUUUAUUACGUAGGUCGUAAUGAUGAUGUCAAAUGUUUUUGCUGUGAUGGUGGAUUAAGGUGUUGGGAGUCUGGAGAUGAUCCAUGGAUUGAGCAUGCUAAAUGGUUUCCAAGGUGUGAGUAUCUACUGCGAAUAAAAGGGCGAGAGUUUGUCAAUCAAAUUCAGGCGAGAUUCCCACAUCUCCUUGAACAGCUCUUGUCAACUUCAGAUACCUCUGUGGAUGAAAGUGCCAAUCCACCAACUAUUCAUUCAGAAUCUGGAGAAAGCCAUUCAGAAGAUGCAAUCAUGAUGAACACCCCAGUGGUUAAAGCAGCCUUGGAGAUGGGGUUUAGUAGAAGACUGAUAAAGCAGACAGUUCAGAGUAAAAUCUUAGCGACUGAGGAAAAUUACAAGACUGUUAAUGAUCUUGUGUCCGAUCUGCUUACUGCAGAAGAUGAAAAAAGGGAAGAAGAGAAGGAGAGACAAUCUGAAGAAGUAGCAUCGGAUGACCUGUCCUUAAUUCGGAAGAAUCGAAUGGCUUUGUUUCAGCAUUUGACAUGUGUGCUUCCUAUCCUGGAGAGUUUACUAUUGGCCAAAGUGAUAACUGAACUUGAACGUGAUGUUAUUAAACAAAAAACCCAAACGCCAUUGCAAGCAAGGGAACUGAUUGAUAUGAUUUUAGUGAAAGGAAAUGCAGCAGCCCACAUAUUCCGAAACUGUCUGCGAGAGUGUGAUCCUAUGUUGUACAAAGAUUUAUUUGUUGAAAAAAACAUGAAGUAUGUUCCCACAGAAGACACUUCAGGGUUACCCAUGGAAGAACAGCUGAGAAGAUUACAAGAGGAAAGAACCUGUAAAGUUUGCAUGGACAAAGAAGUUUCUAUUGUAUUUAUUCCAUGUGGUCACUUAGUGGUGUGCAAAGAGUGUGCACCUUCCCUAAGAAAAUGCCCUAUUUGCAGGGGGACAAUAAAGGGUACUGUCCGUACAUUUCUUUCAUGAAGAGAAAACCUGCACGCUCCUGUUCCUGUGCAUCCUAGCAGUGAUCAAGACUAACCAGUGAUGUGUUAAGAAUGGAUAACUCCAUUAAAGAAGAUAAUGGAUAAAUUACUUGCUUAAUGUGGCUUAUGGGGUAAUAAUGGACUGUUGUGUGAGCAUGCUAGGCCUUAUGCUACCAAAGAUCUUUUUUGAAACCUGUGUAAGUAAUUUAUUUAAAAAUGAUGGCAACAUAAGAUCUAUUUUUUUGUGAAGUAACUUUUUUUUCAGAAAGUCUUAUCAAUGAGGAAGAGAUCUCAUAAACAUGACUUUAUCCUAAUCUGAAAAGAAAUCCUUUUACUAAUGAAGCAUUGUGUUCUAAUAUAUUUAAUUUUAAAGCUGAGUCUUAAAUAACUGAAGCAUUUUCAUGAGACUUGCCUAGAAAUGACACUCGAUACUUGUAAGACUACAGGAUCUUCUACUUCAGCUAUUCUGGUUGUAUCAAGACUUAAAAAAAAAAAAAAAAAAAGACUACAAAAAGACCUUAUAAAAGUCUGACAUUCUGUUAAUGUGUGUAUAAUUGAUAUUUAAUUAUAUGAAAACAGCAUUAAAAUGUUUUCAAUAAACUA